AUGACAACCUCCAAUAUCCCAGACUUUGAUGCUCCCAGCUCCGGAGUCCUGAGUCCUGCCUCACUGGCGCACGUCGUGCUUCGCACAGCCAAACUUCGUCAAAGUGUCAUCUUCUACACGAACUUUCUGGGCGGAACCGUGACCCACGAAAACGACAUGAUCUCGUUCAUCACCUAUGACGACGAACACCACAGAAUUGCUCUCAUAGGGCUUCCGGAUACGGCUCCCAAGGACCCAAGGACUUGUGGCUUGGAACAUAUAGCUUUCAGUUUCAACACCCUGGCAGAUCUUUUACUGUCCUACCGGCAACGAAAGGCUCGUGGAAUUGAGCCUGUGUGGUGUGUCAACCAUGGCCCGACGACUAGCAUAUAUUACAAAGAUCCCGACGGCAACAUGCUGGAGACACAGGUUGACAACUUCGACUCGGUGGAGGAUGCGACGAAGCACAUGAUGUCAACAGAAUUUGCCGAGAACCCCAUCGGAACGGAUUUUGAUGCAGAGGAGAUGAUUGUUGCCCUCAAGAGUGGUGUGCCAGAAUCGGUCCUGAAAAAGCGCAAGGAGAUUGGCCCGCGUGAUAUGCCAGACUUGGCUGCGAUGUAA